AUUCAUUCAUCUCAAUAAAAGUUCUCUUUCAGAAUUAAGCAAAUACUUUUCAUCUUCAAACUGGUUCUGAGAGAAACAAGAACUUACCUACAAUACCACAAAAACUCCAACACCCUGUGAAUUAGGCAUAGCUAUGGUUAAGUGUCUGACUAUUCAAUGGAAGAAGAGGUUGUCAUCAAAGGCGAUGAGAAGAGCAAGAGGAGGGAGAAGGACAAGAAUACAAAGAAGAGAUGAUCGUGAGAUUUUUUUUGAUCUCAUGAUCGAGAUCCUGAGGAGAUUGCCUGCUAAAUCACUUAUGAAGUUCAAGUGUGUCUCAAAGCUCUGGUCUGGUCUGAUCUGUUCCCGAUAUUUUAGCAACCUUUAUCUUCUUACUAGGAACGUCUCAUCAUCUCCAUCGCCACCGCGACCACUUGGUCUAUUCAUGAGUUUUACUUCUGAGUUACACUUUUAUUGUGAUUCAAUGGAUCUCUGCAACAACCCUGGAAAGUCUGACCUGCUAUCAUUAAGGUUAUCAUCGUCUAGUAAUAGUGUUGAACCAUCCUUAGAAGCAGAUUUGAAUUUACCGGGGAUGGGAGGACACAGGAUGGAGAUUCUUCGCGGUUUGAUUUUAUACAUUGUUUGCAGAAAAGCAUGUAUCUAUAAUCCCACAACUAGACAAAGCUUAACCUUACCCGCGGUCAAAUCCAACAUCUUUGCUCAACAAGAACGUCAUAAACGUGUCUACUACUUUUUCGGGUACGAUCCAGUUCAUGAUCAAUACAAAAUAGUAUGCAGUGUUGUGCUAGGCUCAAGUCAUUUUCUCAGGAUAACCACCGAGUAUUGGGUCUUCGUACUGGAACCCGGAGGUUUUUGGAAAAAAAUUGAGCAUGAUGGUCAAUCUCACGUGCCACAAAGACAAGGACUCUGCAUCAACGGAGUUAUAUAUUAUCUGGCUUUCGGUCAUACAUGUGGCGAUACCAUUUACACUUUUGACGUUAGCUCUGAAAAAUUCCAUAGGAUCCAAGCACCACAUGAGGUGUCUAGUUUUCGUGGUUCUGUGGUUUUCAUAGAGCAUGGUGGGAACCCAUCACUCUUUGAUUAUUCACAUAUUAAAAAAACGGGUGUGUCGGAGUUGUGGGUGUUGGAGAAUAGUGGAACAUGGUCGAGGAAGACUCUGGUUUUGAAGCCUUGUCAGAUACAUUUAGUGAAGGACAUUAACAUUAUUACGUUGAUGGUGCAUGGUACGUGUCAGAACAAUGAGGUUAUCUUGGUGUUGCCUAAUACUUGUUACCUUCUCUAUUAUGAUCUGAUAAAUAAUGAUUUGAGAAAGGUUAAUAUCAAUAGGGAAAGGCCACCAGACCGGAGGCCGUACAUGUAUAUCACAGUUAAGGAUAACUGUGAAAACAUCAUGCACUUGGAAACUUGAUUAUCAUCUAUUUGUGUUUUGCCUAUAAUAAUGCAAUUGUACUGUUUAUUUUGUAAGUUUUAUUUCGAAAACAAACAAUCGUUUUUCUUUUAUUGUUUAAUAUCAUGAUAGGACUAGUUUUGUUGAUAUGAGUGAAUUAAGCUUGAAACUAAUGAUCCAUGAGUCCAGUGCCGGCUUAAAACUAUUUUGGACCUAUGUACAAAUUUUUUUUAUGUAUUAUAGUUAGU